CAUAGCCUACAGUUCACAGAUUUGCCAGGAGUCCAUCUCUUCGCAUAUCUCUACCACCACUGGUGUGAAGUUACUGCGACUGUUACCAUAGUGGAUUACAGAUGGGUGAAACAUUGAAAAUAGUUUGAUAAAUGCACUUUAUUUAUUUGUAUCACAUGGGAUUUUAGAACGUGCGCAGCGGAUUGUUUUAUUGGUCGGGAACAGAACACAGGCAAGUGGAAACUCCUUAUACAUAUCAAGUAUGUGUAUUGAAGACGUGUGGAAUAUUUUACAGAGAAAUUUAACUGUCUAAAGAUUUUUGAAAGACUCGAGUUCGAGUAGGCAACUCUUCGUCAUGGACGCGUGAGGUGAAGCUACACGGUGCGGUGAUCUACGAGGGACACUCGGGCAAAAUCUAUAGCCUAAACCAUCCUCGGGCUUUUAGAUGUGGUCUGUACAGGGCAGGGGUGAAUACUUGGACCUCUAACUAUGAAAUGAAUCAGUCUUCCAACGUCUUCAUUUUGGCUUUUCCAAAGACACAUCUAGUUAUGGGGUGAGGAGGAUGAGGUAGAGACUGCAGGGAUAGUCUAUGUGGGAGGGAACAUGGAAUGUUUUCUAUUAUAUAAUCUUUGACAAAACUGCUUAUUAGUGGGAAAACAUAACAAGCCAAUUUCCCUGACCCCGUUUUCCCUCCCCUUUUCAUCGGGGGAGACAGAAAACUUUUUGUGAUCAUUAAUAAUUUUGGGGAGAAUCGACCUGUUUUCAGACAAAUUGGCUGUUGAAAUGAUAACACAUCUUGACUGAAGUUGACAAGGAGAACACUGGGCUCUAUGACAAGAGUCACUGGUGUGUAUUAUUUUUUAUUUCACUGAUCUUGUAUUACACAGUAACCCCCUCUGUCUGCCUCUCCACAGGAGAGGGGAAUAUUGAAUUACCAAGAUGGCUAAUGUGCAUUUAUUGUUUCAGAUUUCAACUAUACCUCUCUGUCUCUUUUUUCUCUGCCUUGAUCCAUCUCUCUUUUUUAUUGUUUGAUUUUGGUUGAUCAUUUGGAAUGACACCUGAUGCCCAAGGUCCUGGAUUUCCAUCUUCCGUCAUCCUUCAAGAUGCUGAACCUAAAGACACUAAACCUUCAGCUAACCACACUCAGUUGUACCCCUUACUUUGUUUUCGCCUUUGCACUGUUCCCUUGGUGAAGCCAUCUUUUGUGGACGUAGAACAAUUGCAACCAACCCCAUCUUGCUUUGAGAUACUGUGAUAUGUAAUCGUUCGAGAAACUGUCGACACACUGUUGUGUCCCUUGCCGUCUCUGAAUCUCUGAAAGGCUUUUUUGCGUAAAGUGGAAAGGGACAAAAACAAUCCCCAAGUUAAUUUUCCUCCAGUCCCCCUGUCCGUCCUCCCCUCUCCCCCCCACUCAUCAGGGCUGGUGGGGGGGGUGGGAUCUGGAGCUCCAGGGUCGUAACGGCGGAGGUGGUGUUACCCUGGAGCCUCCUUGUAGCAAGGCCUCCCAUCAUGGAGACCAGUCCAGAGAGCCCCAACCGGGCCGUGGAGUACCUCCUGGAGCUCAACAACAUCAUCGAGAGCCAGGCCAAGCUCAUGGAGACCCAGCGGCGGCGCAUCGAGGAGCUGGAAGGUCAGCUGGACCGAGUCAGCCAGGAGAACCAGGACCUGAGACUGGAGAAACCCACUCCUCCACGAGCCCCGGAGCUCCCCGAACAGAACCACAGCAACACCAACCACAGAGCAGAGCAGCCCCUCUCCCUGCCCAUCCACCCUGGCAGCAGUAGUGGAGGUAGUGGCAGCACCCCCAGCCCCGUCACCGCCCCACCCCCUGUGGUGGUACCCCCUGCGGGGCCGAGCCGGGAGAGACGUGCCCACACUAGGCUGACCCGGGGCAUGUCCUGUGGCUCGAACCCAGCCGAGCGGGAGCAGCAGGAGAGACUGGACCACACAGACAGCUGUGACACCAACAGCUCCACCAUCCGCAGAAAUGUGGAAACAGAGACCCAGUGUGCUGAGCCUCCCGGGGCCCACUCAGACGGCCCCUACAGCCAGACCACAGCGUACCUGCGUGGCACAGAGCGCUACAGUGACAGCAGCAGUGGUCCUGGUCCUCCAGGCCCUCGGGGGCCUCCGUGCGUGGCCCCUCCCAGCUCGGCAAGCCUUGCCUGGGCACUGCGAACACGCCAUCAGCCUGCCAGCCUGGCCCUCCGCAAGCAGGAGGAGGAGGAGAACAAGAGGUGCAAGGCCAGUCUCUCUGACAGCUAUGAGCUCUCCACAGACCUGCAGGACAAGAAGGUGGAGAUGUUGGAGAGGAAGUAUGGUGGAUCCUUUGUGAGCCGCAGAGCAGCCCGGACCAUCCAGACGGCCUUCCGCCAGUACCGCAUGAACAAGAACUUUGAGCGCCUCCGCAGCUCGGCGUCCGAGAGCCGCAUGACGCGACGCAUCAUCCUGUCCAACAUGCGGCUGCAGUACUCGUUUGACGACCGCCAGCCGCAGCAGCAGGGGACCGGAACACAGACGAACUUCACACACAGCGUGGGCAUCGGCCCUCCUCAUUCACCUGACGCAGAGAGGACAGGAGACUAUACACACCUGGAGGACUCCUUCACCAAACAGGUGAAGUCCCUGGCUGACUCCAUGGACACCGCCCUGACCUGCCGUAGCGGGCGGGAUGACUCCCAGGAAGACUUUGGGGAGUGUGUGUGGAGCAGCAGCAGUAACCCCUCCUCUCAGAGAGGCCUGUGUGAGAGACCCCGGGGGGGGGGAGGGGGCCUUAGCAUGCACGGAGACAGCACAGCCACCUCCUACAGUGAUGUCACUCUAUACAUGGACGACUGCAUGCCCUCCUCGCCCCUCUCACUGGACCGGGCCCCCAGCAGCACAGACACUGAGUACUGGGGCCCUGGGGGAGGCGUGGGGGCCCGUGAGGACAGCAGGGACACUGAGGGAGGGGGUAGCAGUAACAGCCGUCGCAGCACUCCCUGCACAGAGUGUCGAGACUACCGUCUGAGGGGCGCCCACCUGCCCCUGCUCACCAUCGAGCCCCCCAGCGACAGCUCCGUGGACAUGAGCGACCGUUCAGACCGUGGCUCCCUCAGCAGACAGAUCUACGAGCAGGAGCCAGCGGGAGGAGCAGGCUCUCCUCAGGGAACACUCAAACACUCCCCUAACACUCCCCGCUCUGUCUCUACAGCUGCAGCUCAGGGCCAGACCCGCGCCCCUGGCCGGGGGCCCCCCCUGCCCACUCAAAUCCCCCACCACGUGGCACACCACCAUCACCACCACCCUCACCACCACCACCAGUACCCAGACACCCCCUCAUCCUCCUCUUCCCCCAGCAGCCCCCCACCACCCCCUGUCCUCCUCCUCCUCUGCUGCGCUGCCCCUGGUGGCCUGGAGCAGCCCUGUCUAUCUGACGGGGACAACGACUCUCUCAACUCCACCACCAACUCCAACGAGACGGUGAACUGCAGCUCUGGCUCCUCGUCUCAGGACAGCCUGAGGGAGCCCCUACCCCCUCUGGGCAAGCAGACCUACCAGAGAGAGAGUCGACACAGCUGGGACUCACCGCCAUUCAACAACGACGUGGUGCAAAGACGCCAGUACCGCAUCGGACUCAACCUAUUCAAUAAGAAGCCAGAAAAAGGGAUACAGUACCUGAUCGAGAGAGGCUUUGUGUCCGACACUCCGGUCGGGAUCGCUCGCUUCAUCCUGGAGAGGAAGGGCCUUAGCAGACAGAUGAUCGGAGAAUUCCUCGGCAACCGGCAGAAACAGUUCAACAAGGACGUACUGGACUGUGUGGUGGACGAGAUGGACUUCUCAGGUAUGGACCUGGACGAUGCUCUGAGGAAGUUCCAGGCCCAGAUUAGAGUUCAAGGAGAAGCCCAGAAAGUAGAGAGGCUCAUAGAAGCUUUCAGUCAGCGGUACUGUGUGUGUAACCCGACGCUGGUCCGCCAGUUCCAGAACCCAGACACCAUCUUCAUCCUGGCCUUCGCCAUCAUCCUCCUCAACACGGAUAUGUACAGCCCCAACGUCAAGGCAGAGAGGAAGAUGAAGAUAGAGGACUUCAUCAAGAACCUCAGAGGAGUGGACAACGGCCAGGACAUUCCCAGGGAUCUGUUGGUUGGGAUCUACCAGCGCAUCCAGAAGUGGGAGCUAAGGACCAACGACGACCACGUGUCCCAAGUGCAGGCGGUAGAGAGAGUCAUAGUAGGCAAAAAGCCUGUGAUGUCUCUGCCACACCGCAGGCUGGUAUGCUGCUGUCAGCUGUAUGAGGUGCCUGACCCCAACCGACCCCAGAGGACAGGAGUUCACCAACGAGAGGUCUUCCUGUUCAACGACCUGCUGGUGGUGACUAAGAUUUUCCAGAAGAAGAAGACUUCUGUGACGUACAGUUUCAGACAGUCCUUCCCUCUGGUGGAGAUGCAAGUCCACAUGUUCCAGAACUCAUACUACCCCCACGGUAUCCGUCUGACCUCAGCAGUGUUGGGUGGAGAGAGGAAGGUCCUUAUCGUGUUUAUGGCUCCCAGCCAGCAGGACCGCACCCGCUUUGUCAGUGACCUUAAAGAGAGUAUCGCUGAGGUGCAGGAGAUGGAGAAGUACAGAGUGGAGUCCGAGUUGGAGAAGCAGAAAGGCGUGAUGCGGACUGGCCUGCUGACCGGCUUGGUCGGAGGUGGAGUGGGUGUGAAGGGUGAGGUGGCGAACGGCACAAUGGGAAGGCCCAGUCUAGAUGACAACUACUCUGCGGGAGAGGGACUCAAACGCUCUGCGCUCAGCUCAUCUCUCCGAGACCUAUCAGAUGGAGGGAAACGUGAUCGCAGAAACAGUGUUGGCUCCCUCGACAGUACCAUGGAAGGUUCCAUCAUUAGCAGCCCCCAGCCGCACCAGCGUUACCCGGUUCCGGGCGUGGUCCCAGGCUGCUACCCUACAGAAGACUACCGGCUGCAUCGCCCCAUCCUGAGCCCCGGAACGGGGGUGGGGGGUGGGCCGGGGCAACAACACACCGCUGCUGGGACGGGAGUUGGGGGGGUUCCCAGCAGUGUAGAGAGAGCGGGGGUGGGGAGCGGCCCUGGGGGGGGCAAUACGGGCUCCUUCCUGGGCUCUCUAUUCGGCAGCAAACGCGUCAAGCCGCCAAGUCCCCUUAUACCACCGGGGCCACCCUACCCCGCCCCUGUCCCCCCACCCACUACGGGAGGGCCCCCUCCUCACUCCCCAUCAUCUCUGUGCCAGUCGGAGGGGGGCCCUUCCAAGAUCCAGGCCCUGCAUGCUCAGUACUGCCACACGGCCGCUGUGCAGCCCCCUCCUCCCUACUACCAUCACCAUCGCUACCACGUCCAAGCUGGCCCUCCUCCCUUGCCAGGCGGGGGCGUGCCCCCUCAUAUCCUUCAGAGAGGGCCGUUCCCCUGUCGCCCUCCUAUUGGCCCCCCUCACACCCAGCUCCAGCAGCUGGCCCAUCUCUCCCAGCUUUCCCAGCAUGGCAUGCAGGGUCGCUACAGCAACAUGGCGGUGGGCUGUCCUCCCCCCCUUUCUCCUCACUCCCAACAUUCUCAGAACCCCCAGUUCACCAUGUACCACACACAGCCCACACACUCUAUCAGGGCAGGCGCCAUGCCAGGCAAACCUCCUCUGACUUUGUCUCACUCCCACCCGCACCCCCACGCACACUCCCACACCCAUCCCGGGCACCCCCUCAGUGCCGCGCCGCACCCCGCCCCCACCCACAUCAAUCUCGCUUCAUCUUUGGCACGCUGCCCCACCAACAUCAGCAUCAGCAGCCGUCCGCUUCCGUCAACACCCAUCACGCUGCGCCCGCCGCCCAGUAUCAGCCCCUGUACCCUCCUCUCUCUUCUAUCCCCCUCCCCCUCCCCACUCCCCUUUACCCCCCCUUCUACCCCCUUAUCCCCCUUAUGCCUCUUUGCCCUCACCCCCCAGCACCCCGGUCAGCAUCAGCAGGGGCCCCAGGUGACGGGACCUGGGGCGACUGGCACAGGCGGCAGCUCCAAAUCCAAACCUAUCAACCGGAUCAGCACGGUGGUGUGAGCAGCAGAACGUGGGGCCACAGAAGGCAGAGGUCAGAGGGCAGAAUGGAGGAAGGGGGCGGAGCUAGGGACAGGGAUAGAGCCAGGGCUUGUAGAGGUGAGCAGGACAGCAGCAGCAGUAACAACAGCACCAGUGACAAGAAGAAACGCAACUUAUUUCGUCUCUGCUACUUUCACCUCCGCUUCCCACACAUGUAGACCGAGAGAGCAAAGGAAAGAGAGUUGGAGCUAAAUUACAUGCAUAUAGCUGAACACAUACAAGACACACAGGAAGAAUAAACACACAUAAAGCAAUGCCCACAUAAAUGUAGUUUCUCAGGUGAACUCUAUCAGCUCUCAGCACACAAACUCAUAAGGGAGAGUCACAGGUAGGCGCAAUGAUGUUGAAGUUGGCGGCAGGCAGGAAAAACCAUUAAAACACACACACACAAAAUCAACAAUUUCUCUAGCCAUAGAACUGAUGCUGGUUGUAAAUGUAAAUGUACAGUAGAGGACCUGUACCCAGUGUUUCACUGUCUGAAGUAUAAUUUGAAACUCUGGACUUUGCCAAGACAUGAGCUUGAGAGUGUUUUAAACAUAAAGUACCAACAUGUAAUCGUGCAACGUUAUGAAUGGUGGCAAAUCUGACGAUGAAAACACGCGAGAUUUGGUUCUGGUGUUGUUGAGAUAAGGACAUUGCUGACCAACAGAAAGACCAUCUCCACCCACCUGGAUAUGGGAAAAGACUUCACCACUAAACACAUUCCAGCAGGGUUGUGCGUUGUAAACAGCCAUGGAGGAUAGUUGCAAAAUGAAUCCCCUCGAUUUUGCAAUAAUUUUAAAUUUAUUAAAUUAAAUUUAUUCAGCUUCAUAAUAAGUUUGUCAAUUACCACGGCAGGUCUUCAUCACUGAAAGGUAUCCUUUUUUAAAGUAGACCUCAGAGACAUUUGCUUUGUCUUCAGCUUUUAUGACUCACGGUUCAAUGGCAGUCUUAGGCUCUAUGGUCUUUUACAUGUAAAGAGAAGUCAGCUGGUUUCAUAGGAUUUACAUGCAUUCCCUAUAGGGUGUGUGGAUUAAUGAUGCUACCAAUAAUAUUUUUGAAUGUUUUUAAGCUUUUUUGCUGUUGUAUAAAUGUUACAUAUGUAAUUGCUGAGUAUGAUGAAUAUUGUCUACUAACAUAACUGUUUUGAUCCAGUGAUUAAUUAGAUAUUACAGAUGUUUGAUUGAUUGAAAAAAAAAAGAUUAUACAGAGGAUAUAUACACUUAUUCAUUCCCUCAUACUUGUAUGUAAUGAGGGUGUUAUAAAGUGUGAUUUAUUUUUGUUCUCUAUGAUGGUUGCCAUUGAUAACUUCUAUUUUCAGUUAUUAUUAUUGAAUGUUAAAAAUAUUAGUUCAUAUUUAGGACAAUUUUUGUUCUUAGAGAGUUGUGUACCCUAUAGGAGACUGGUGAUUGUGUGAACUAGUAGUUGCACAAUGUCCAAAACAAAAUGGUUAAUUGGAGUCAAAAUGCAUAUGAAUAAAUAUGCUUUCCCACCUCAGACCCCUCUGAAAGAUCCCCUUAUAAGGGCUUUGACCUUUUACCUGCUCAUGGACAAUGAUCCUCAUUUCAUUGGUGACCCUGCAGUCCUCCCUGUUAUCCUCCCUGUUAUCCUCACUGUUAUCAUGGGACUCACUCAGAAGCAUCUGGUCUUGUUGAGAGAGUUUCUCACAUGGCGUGUGUUUGGAUGGUCUAUGUCUUUGAACAAGCACGCUUUGUAAUAUAGUUUUGUGGUUUUGCACACGUGGUGUCUUAAAGUCAAAAAUGGCAUUAUUUUAAACACCCUCCUCACAUACCCCCUUGCCAGUCCUCAGAGAACUCUAAUAGCCUACACCCCAGCACCCUUAUUGAAUGGGCUUGUCAUUAGAUCAAACAGGUUUGUUAAUCUUCUCGUCUCUGUUGACCACCUUUCUUACUUCCUCUCUCUGUCCUUCUAUUGCACUGUGUUUGAACAAUGGUAGAUUGAACAAGGGAUUCGUGUUUCAGGAUAAAGGGAAUCAUUUAGAUUUAGGAUGGUGAAUUGUAGUUAUACAUGCUAGACAAUACUUGUGGACAAAGAAGAGACAGAUUAAUGUUAAAAGCCAGAACAAGAAUAUGGGUAGUCAGGGAAAAAUGUAAGGUUUUAGGGGUGGUUGAGGUUGAAGUUUUUUUGUUGGCUUUUUCCUGCAUAAUUCCCUCUGUAUUGUCCCUUUGUGACCCCUCUUGCAUGAAUAUAUCUGCACUUAUUGAAUGGAUUGUACUGUAUAAAUCUGAAUGUACAUAUUAUAUUGAGGUGUGUGUGUGUGUGUGCGUGCGUGUGUGAGAGAGAAAGAUGAGUAGGGGACUUUGGUUUGAAUAUUGAAUUAUUUUUUAUUUUAGACUGAGGGUGAGAGAAUAAAUUGCAGUAAUUAAGUGUUUGUAUGUCAGAGAACAAAUUGAUAUUAUUUUAAACAUGAUCUUAAGAAUUUAAUUUGUGUAUGUAGUAAGUAUUAACUGGAAGAGUAGAGAAUUGAGAUGUGAAUAUUUAUUGCUUCUGAUAUAUUAAAAAGUGUCCUUGCAGUGAAA